UCGGACAGCAGCAGCGGCGGCGGCAGCCUAGGGUCCUGCGUGGAGAGUGGGGCGCGACGGGGACUCGCGGGCGGAGGCUGCGCGUGGGGAUCCAGCACGCGAAGACCCAGCGCGAGAGCGACUCCGGGCACGAGUGAGAGGAGGAGGAGGAGGCGGCGGCGCCGGGGCCGCGGGUGACAGCGCUGAGACGCAUCCUAAGUGUGGAAGUGAGUAGAGACUGCUGCUACCAUGCACCAGAGCCACUCCGUGGGGGCUGUGCCACACAUCGAAAGGAACUGAAGGUUUAUAAGAAAAGUUGUAGUCAAUGAGAGAGACAAAAGGACUGAGCCGUCACAAAGCAUCGUGCUUGUCACACCGGCCACCAUGCGUAAAGGGGUUCUGAAGGACCCAGAGAUUGCCGACCUGUUCUUCAAGGAUGACCCCGAAGAGCUUUUUAUCGAUCUGCAUGAAAUUGGACACGGGAGCUUCGGGGCCGUAUACUUUGCGACAAAUGCACACACCAACGAGGUGGUCGCUGUUAAGAAAAUGUCCUACAGUGGGAAGCAGACCCAUGAGAAAUGGCAAGAUAUCCUUAAGGAAGUUAAGUUUCUACAUCAGCUAAAACACCCUAACACCAUUGAGUACAAAGGCUGUUAUUUAAAGGAGCACACUGCAUGGUUGGUGAUGGAGUACUGCCUAGGCUCAGCCUCUGACUUGUUAGAAGUUCAUAAGAAACCACUUCAGGAAGUGGAGAUUGCUGCUAUCACCCAUGGUGCCUUGCAGGGGCUGGCCUACCUCCACUUUCACUCCCUGAUUCACAGGGACAUUAAAGCAGGGAACAUCCUCCUCACAGAGCCGGGUCAGGUGAAGCUGGCUGACUUCGGAUCCGCCUCCAUGGCUUCUCCCGCCAACUCCUUCGUGGGGACUCCUUACUGGAUGGCCCCAGAGGUGAUCUUAGCCAUGGACGAAGGGCAGUACGACGGGAAAGUUGACAUCUGGUCGCUCGGCAUCACCUGCAUUGAGUUGGCGGAGCGGAAGCCCCCCCUCUUCAACAUGAACGCCAUGAGUGCCCUCUACCACAUCGCUCAGAAUGACUCCCCCACGCUACAGUCCAGGGAAUGGACAGACUCCUUCAGGGGAUUCGUUGAUUACUGCUUGCACAAAAUACCUCAGGAAAGACCAGCAGCGGUGGAGCUGUUGCGGCACGACUUCAUUCGGAGGGAGCGGCCACCGAAGGUCCUCAUUGACCUCAUCCAGAGGACAAAAGAUGCUGUCCGAGAGCUGGACAACCUGCAGUACAGGAAAAUGAAGAAGAUCCUCUUCCAGGAGACUCGGAACGGGCCCUUGAAUGAGUCGCAGGAAGAAGAAGAAGAUGGCGAGCAAGGAAGCAACCUGAACCGAGAGGUGGACAGUCUAGGCAGCAUCCACUCCAUCCCCAGCGCAUCGGUGAGCACGGGCAGCCGGAGCAGUAGCGUGAACAGCAUGCAGGAGGUCAUGGACGAGAGCAGCUCUGAGCUCGUCAUGAUGCAGGAGGAUGAAGUCACAGUCAACUCCAGCUCUUCUGUGGUCCACAAGAAGGAUCAUGUAUUCGUAAGGGAUGAGGCGGGCCACGGCGAUCCCAGGCCUGAGCCGCGGCCUACCCAGUCAGUUCAGAGCCGGGCCCUCCACUAUCGGAACCGAGAGCGCUUUGCCACGAUCAAAUCCGCGUCUUUGGUUACACGGCAGAUCCAUGAGCAUGAGCAGGAGAACGAGCUGCGGGAACAGAUGUCAGGUUAUAAGCGGAUGCGGCGCCAGCACCAGAAGCAGCUGAUCGCCCUGGAGAACAAGCUGAAGGCUGAGAUGGAUGAGCACCGCCUCAAGCUCCAGAAGGAGGUGGAGACGCAUGCCAACAACUCGUCCAUCGAGCUGGAGAAGCUGGCCAAGAAGCAAGUGGCUACCAUAGAAAAGGAGGCAAAGGUAGCCGCGGCGGAUGAGAGGAAGUUCCAGCAGCAGAUCCUGGCCCAGCAGAAGAAGGACUUGACAACUUUCUUAGAAAGUCAGAAGAAGCAGUAUAAGAUUUGUAAGGAGAAAAUAAAAGAGGAGAUGAACGAGGACCAUAGCACACCCAAGAAGGAGAAGCAGGAGCGGAUAUCGAAGCAUAAAGAAAACCUGCAGCACACGCAGGCUGAGGAGGAAGCCCACCUGCUCACUCAGCAGAGGCUGUACUAUGACAGAAACUGCCGCUUCUUCAAACGGAAAAUAAUGAUCAAGCGCCACGAGGUGGAACAGCAGAACAUUCGGGAGGAACUAAAUAAGAAGAGGACCCAGAAGGAAAUGGAGCACGCCAUGCUGAUCCGGCAUGAUGAAUCCACCCGAGAGCUGGAGUACAGGCAGCUGCACACCCUGCAGAAGCUCCGCAUGGAUCUGAUCCGGCUGCAGCACCAGACGGAGCUGGAGAACCAGCUGGAGUACAAUAAGAGGCGGGAGCGGGAGCUGCACCGGAAGCACGUCAUGGAGCUUCGGCAACAGCCGAAAAACUUAAAGGCCAUGGAAAUGCAAAUUAAAAAACAGUUUCAGGACACUUGCAAAGUACAGACCAAACAGUACAAAGCCCUCAAAAAUCACCAGUUGGAAGUCACUCCAAAGAAUGAGCACAAAGCAAUCCUAAAGACACUGAAGGAUGAGCAGACGAGGAAGCUGGCCAUUUUGGCCGAGCAGUAUGAACAGAGUAUAAACGAGAUGAUGGCCUCUCAAGCGUUACGGCUAGACGAAGCGCAAGAGGCAGAGUGCCAGGCCUUGAGACUACAGCUCCAGCAGGAGAUGGAGCUGCUCAACGCCUACCAGAGCAAAAUCAAGAUGCAAACGGAGGCCCAGCACGAACGCGAGCUGCAGAAGCUAGAGCAGAGGGUGUCCCUGCGCAGAGCGCAUCUUGAGCAGAAGAUUGAAGAGGAGCUGGCUGCCCUGCAGAAGGAACGCAGUGAGAGGAUCAAGACUCUCCUGGAGAGACAAGAGCGAGAGACCGAGACUUUUGACAUGGAGAGCCUCAGAAUGGGCUUUGGGAAUUUGGUGACAUUAGAUUUUCCUAAGGAGGACUAUAGAUGAGAUUAAAUUUUUUUGCCAUUUAC